GAUUGUAGCCUGUGAUUGGCUGUUGGUUCGCGAGCGGGCGGAGGAUUGUGGGAAGAUGGAGGGCAGCGUGGGGAGGCUGGAGGAGCAAGCUCUGCGGCGAAAAGAGAGACUCAAGGAGCUGAGGAAGAAGCGGGUCAGAGAUGACGGCGAGACGGAGAACCCGGAGCUUCCCGAAGAGGACAAAGAAAAACACAGGGAACUGAAGUUGAGGAAUUACACGCCUGAGGAUGACGUCCUCCGGGAGAGACAGGUGCCGCAGGCCAAGCCGAUCUCCGUGGAAGAGAAGGUGAAAGAACAGCUUGAAGCAGCGAAGCCGGAGCCGAUCAUCGAGGAGGUGGAUUUGGCUAAUCUCGCCCCGAGGAAGCCCGACUGGGAUCUGAAGAGAGAUGUAGCCAAGAAGCUGGAGAAGUUGGAAAAGAGGACGCAGAGAGCGAUCGCGGAGCUAAUCCGCGAGAGGUUAAAGGGUCAGGAGGAGAAUCUGGCGACGGCCGUUGAAUCCGCGAAGCAGGAAGAUGAGGAUUCGGACUGAUGCCGCUCGCUGGACGGUACAGACGGGCGCUGGGAGACCCCCAACCUGUGCCGUUUAGGAGGGGCGGGAGGUACUUCUAUCUGCAUCCCAAUAACCCCCCCCCGGACUGUUUCUAAAGACAAUAAAUCUAUUUUUUUAAACA